GAUGGGGAUUUAGCUAUGUGCUGGUGUGGGUCUUGGAGUCAGGUGAGCCCCGGGGCUGUGUGACUGUGAAGCACUCCUCACCCUCUCUGAGCUUCAGGUCAGCAUUGUGGGGGAGUGCAGGUUUGGGCCCUUCCAGGAGCGUGUGGAGACCUGGGUGCUACUCCUCAGCUCUGCCACGCUGGCUGUGCUGUAGAGGAGAUCCCGCGGGAGCGCUGGUUCACACAGCUGCGCAGCGGGAGUGAGUGAGCCGCCUUCCAGCUCCUGGAUAGUGACACAGCCUUCGAGCUGGGCUGCAGGAUUAGCAGAGAAACUCCAGGCUGGUUGUGCUGUCGGCGGCUUCCUUGUGCUUCCUGUUGGUUGUGUCCUGGGAAUUGGCUCUGCUCAGCCUGGAUUCACUCUGGGGAGAACGAGGGAGCUGCCUGGCGGAGGAGUCUUUAGAGAAGACCCUGUGGCCACAGGGUCCGGCAGAGCACAAGGGAGACCCCAGUUACUUCUCCAGCUGUCUUCAGCCAAACCUUCUUUGGAGCCACCUUCCCACUUCCUGCUGGUCGAGUCAUGAAGAAGCAGUUUGUGGUGCUGGGCUUGUUGGCUGUGGUUCUGCUGCUGGUCAUCGUUGGUCUCUGCGUCUGGCUGCCCUCCGCCUACACGCACCCCGACCAUGUGUAUGCCAGGGCGGCUGUGGCCGCCGAUGCCAAGCACUGCUCGGAGAUUGGGAGGGACGUGCUGCUGGAUGGCGGCUCGGCAGUGGACGCAGCCAUCGCAGGCCUGCUGUGUGUCGGGCUCAUGAACCCUCACAGCAUGGGCAUCGGCGGCGGCCUGUUCCUCACCAUCUACGACAGCUCCACGGGGAAAGCUGAGAUUAUCAAUGCCCGCGAGGUGGCACCCAGGUUGGCGUACACCAGCAUGUUCAACAGCUCGAAGCAGUCCGAAGAAGGGGGGAUGUCAGUGGCAGUCCCUGGUGAGAUCCGUGGCUAUGAGCUGGCACACCGGCGGCAUGGGCGGCUGCCUUGGCAUCGCCUCUUCCAACCUAACAUCCGGCUGGCCCGCGAGGGCUUCCCUGUGGGCAAGGGCUUGGCAGCAGCCCUGAACAGAACACAGACUGUCAUUGAGCAGACGCCUGGCCUGUGCGAGAUUUUCUGCCGGAACGGGAAGGUCCUUCAGGAGGGGGAAACGGUGACCAUGCCACGGCUGGCUGACACGUAUGAGACGCUGGCCCGAGAGGGGCCCCAGGCCUUCUACAAUGGCAGCCUCACGGCGCAGAUUGUGAAGGACAUCCAGGAUGCCGGGGGCAUUAUAACCACCGAGGACCUAAACAACUACCGCGCUGAGCUGAUCGAGCACCCGCUGAACAUCAGCCUCGGGGACUCGGUGCUGUACACGCCCAGCGCCCCACUCAGUGGGCCUGUGCUGGUUCUCAUCCUCAACAUCCUCAAGGGGUACAACUUCUCCCCGGCAAGCGUGAGCACACCUGAGCAGAAGGCCUUGACGUACCACCGCAUCGUGGAGGCCUUCCGGUUCGCCUAUGCCAAGAGGACCCUGCUUGGGGACCCCAAGUUUGUUGAUGUGACUAAGGUCAUCCAGAACAUGAGCUCCGAGUUCUUCGCCGCCCAGCUUCAAGCCCGAAUCUCUGACGACACCACGUUCCCGGUCUCCUACUAUGAGCCUGAAUACUACACACCUGACGAUGGGGGCACUGCCCACCUAUCUGUGGUCUCGGAGGAUGGCAGUGCUGUGUCCGCCACCAGCACCAUCAACCUCUACUUCGGCUCCAAGGUCAUUUCCCAAGUCAGCGGCAUCAUAUUCAACAACGAGAUGGACGACUUCAGCUCUCCCAACUUCACCAACCAGUUCGGGGUGUCCCCUUCCCCGGCCAAUUUCAUCGAGCCAGGGAAGCAGCCACUCUCAUCCAUGUGUCCGUCGGUCAUUGUGGGCAAGGAUGGCAAGGUCCAGAUGGUGGUGGGAGCCUCUGGAGGCACACAGAUCACCACAGCUACUGCGCUGACCAUCAUGCAUAGCCUCUGGUUUGGCUACGAUAUGAAGCGGGCAGUGGAGGAGCCCCGGCUGCAUAACCAGCUUCUGCCCAAUACCACAACACUGGAGAAAGACAUUGACGAGGCAGUGGCUGCGGGCUUGAGGACCCGGCAUCACGAAACCGAGGUCACUCCUACCUUCAUCGCUGUGGUCCAGGCCAUUGCUCGAACAGCCCGUGGCUGGGCAGCUGCCGCGGACUCCAGGAAAGGCGGGGAGCCAGCCGGCUACUGAGUUCAUUCGGGAUAACCAAGACUGACCCGCAGCCCAGGGCCAAGACACCUGGGCCAAGAGUGGGACUUUAGGAAGGCGUGCUCUCUUGAUGAGUGGCACAGCAGCGUAAUAAACGGGGCCACGGCGUAGCGCUCUGGGCAGCGUUGCAGGCCAGGUCCCCCCUCGCUGGG